AUGACAGAUUCUCUGAGCGGUCUGCGAUCUUUGGGAAACGGUCAAAACAACAUGGCCCCCAAAGACAUUAUGACGAAUUCCCACGCUAAGUCCAUCCUGAACGCCAUGAACGCCCUCCGGAAGAGUAACACGCUCUGCGACAUCACUCUGCGGGUCGAGAGCGCAGACUUCCCCGCUCACCGCAUUGUGCUGGCCGCCUGCAGUGACUACUUCUGUGCCAUGUUCACGAGUGAGCUGGCCGAGAAGGGGAAGUCUUUUGUGGACAUCCAGGGCCUUACCGCGUCCACCAUGGAAAUCUUGCUGGACUUUGUUUACACAGAGACGGUGCUGGUGACUGUGGAGAAUGUUCAAGAGCUGCUGCCAGCCGCAUGUCUGCUGCAGCUCAAAGGUGUGAAAAGAGCGUGCUGUGACUUCCUGGAGAGUCAGCUGGACCCAUCGAACUGCCUGGGCAUCAGAGACUUCGCAGAAACCCACAACUGCCUGGAGCUGAUGCAGGCGGCCGAGCUCUUCUCCCAAAAACAUUUCUCUGAAGUGGUGCAGCACGAGGAGUUCAUGUUGCUCAGUCAGAACGAGGUCGAGAAGCUCAUCAAAUGUGACGAGAUUCAGGUGGACUCGGAGGAGCCGGUGUUCGAAGCCGUCUUAAACUGGGUGAAACACAACAGAAAAGAGCGAGAGCCGUAUUUGUCGGAAAUGCUGGAGUUCGUACGGAUGCCUCUGCUCACGCCGCGAUACAUCACAGACGUCAUAGAUGCAGAGCCCCUCAUCCGUGGCAGCCUGCCGUGUCGAGACCUCGUCGAUGAAGCCAAAAAAUUCCACCUCAGACCCGAGCUGAGGAGCGAGAUGCAAGGCCCACGAACACAAGCCCGGCUAGGCGCCAAGGAAGUUUUGCUCGUCAUUGGAGGAUUCGGCAGUCAGCAGUCGCCGAUAGAUGUUGUUGAAAAAUAUGAUCCUAAAACUCAAGAGUGGAGCUUUCUUCCAAACAUAGCACGGAAAAGGCGUUACGUAGCCACAGUGUCUCUCCACGACAGAGUGUAUGUGAUCGGGGGGUAUGACGGGCGCUCGCGGCUCAGCUCUGUGGAGUGUUUGGAUUACACGGCUGAUGAGGACGGCGUCUGGUACACUGUCGCCACUAUGAACGUGCGGCGAGGCCUGGCCGGAGCUACCACACUCGGAGAUAUGAUCUAUGUGGCGGGGGGCUUUGAUGGCAGUCGCCGGCACACCAGUAUGGAGCGUUAUGAUCCAAACAUAGACCAGUGGAGCAUGCUGGGAGACAUGCAGACUGCCAGAGAGGGGGCGGGGCUUGUCGUGGCCAGUGGACUCAUAUACUGCCUUGGGGGUUACGAUGGUCUGAAUAUUUUGAACUCCGUAGAGCGAUACGACCCUCACACAGGACACUGGACAAGUGUGACACCAAUGGCCACCAAGCGAUCAGGGGCAGGAGUGGCUUUACUUAAUGACCACAUCUAUGUGGUUGGAGGCUUUGACGGCGUGUCCCACCUGGACUCUGUGGAGGUCUAUAACAUCAGGACAGAUUAUUGGACGACGGUGGCCAGUAUGACCACUCCUCGCUGCUACGUUGGAGCCACAGUCCUACGUGGACGUCUCUACGCGAUUGCCGGAUAUGAUGGAAACUCGCUCCUCAGCAGUAUUGAAUGUUAUGACCCAGUGAUCGACUCUUGGGAGGUGGUGACCUCCAUGGCCACACAGCGAUGUGAUGCAGGCGUCUGUGUGCUACGAGAGAAGUGA